AUGAAUACAGAGGCCAAGCCUGUCAACGCUCAGACAGCCCUACACUCACCUACCAGGAAACCCGACGACCAGCAUCACAAAUUGCACAAGUUCAUCAAGAAAACCUUGCACAGACUACAGACCCCCAAAGCCGUUUCUCCUGGCGGAAGUAGUACAUCUUCUGUGGGUAGUAUUGCAGGUAAGACUCCCUCCGAUAUAUUCGAGCGUUCGUUGGAAGCUAAUGCUACCUCGAUACUAACGAAUCCUGAAACGCCCUCGCAUUAUACCACCGAGAACUACACCAACCCUAUUUUGGAUACAACCACGGAGAUACUAAACGACCCAAAGGUAGACAUCCAAAACAUCAAGUUGAACUGUUACGGUGAUGAGAUCGACAGCGGUGGGUCCUCUCCAGAGGCAAACAUCUUCACUGGAAUUAAUAGCAGAGGGGCAUCAGGUAAGCUACAACGUAGUGAAAGCUCCCUCGAUUUUCGUCCACGUUCCCGUUCAAUCAUUAGUGCUUCCCUCAUGUCAUCUUUAGACCAUGAUUUCCAUGAUUCUAACGACAACAAGUCGGGAAUUGAUCUAAAUGAGAAGAAUGAGCUGACAAGACGUUCGCCCUCCAUCAGCAGACUCAAUUUGCAAGAGGAAGAUGUGGAUGCAGAGCAAUCCAAUACCAUCGAGUAUUACUCCUUCGCUGACAUGAUAAGUCACGAAGAGGGCAUUGAAGACCCCCAGCCGAUAACUUCAAGCGACUUUGCACAAAGUACGACAGCUUUGCCUCCUAGAAGAAAGGGAAGCUGUCACACUAUCAGUCUUAAGGACUACAUAGGUAACGUAUAA